AGGCAGGGGCAGAGGCGGCGUGGUGUUGCCGCCUGCAGCAUCCUAGAUCCUUGGCUCGGGUUGUUGCUCAUCUCGGCUCUUUGUCCCCUCCCCUCUCCCUCCCUCACCUCCACGCCAGGCUGUCUCAGCCAAGCAGCUCUGCGCACUUUGCCCCUUGUUGGCAGCGGAUAAAAUACCCGGCACCGUCCACCCACUGCCAGAUCUACUCCUUAAAUUCCGAGCCCAGAGAGAUCCGCGCACAGCGGGUCGGGCCUGCACAGCCAUCCAGCGUGCCACAGCAGAGAGGUGUUCCGAGCGCAGCUCCACCGACGCCCCGCUCAAGCGGGCCCCUGAACCGAAGUCCACCCUCAGUCUCAGCUGUGCCAAAUUCGCUCCGCAGCCUCAGCCCCGGGAGCGUGAUCCAAGCACCCGAGAGCCAGAUGCCCGCCCACAUGCUGCAGGAGAUAUCCAGCUCCUACACCACCACCACCACCACCACCAUCACAGCGCCUCCCAAGGGGACCCUGAAGAAUGGGGGAGAGAAGUUGGAGAAGACCCCUCUCUAUUUGGGGGAAGAUAUACGCCCUGAAAUGAAGGAUGACAUAUACGACCCCAGCUAUCAGGAUGCAGAGGGCCCCAGGCCCAAGCUUGAGUAUGUCUGGAGAAACAUCAUCCUCAUGAGUUUGCUGCACUUGGGAGCCCUGUAUGGGAUUACAUUGGUUCCCACCUGCAAGUUCUACACUUUGCUCUGUGCCUAUGUGUACUAUUUAAUCAGUGUCCUGGGCAUCACUGCAGGAGCUCAUCGCCUGUGGAGCCACCGAACUUACAAAGCACGGCUGCCUCUGCGGCUCUUCCUGAUCUUUGCCGACACCAUGGCGUUCCAGAAUGAUGUUUAUGAAUGGGCCCGAGAUCACCGUACCCACCACAAAUUCUCAGAAACACAUGCCGACCCUCAUAACUCCCGCCGCGGCUUCUUCUUCUCUCACGUGGGUUGGCUACUCGUGCGCAAACACCCAGCUGUCAAAGAGAAGGGGGGGACACUGGACCUGUCUGACCUAAAAGCUGAGAAGCUGGUGAUGUUCCAGAGGAGAUACUACAAGCCCGCUGUCCUGUUGAUGUGCUUCAUCCUGCCCACACUGGUGCCCUGGUUCUUUUGGGGUGAAACUUUUCUACACAGCUUGUGUGUUGCCACUUUCCUGCGAUAUGCUAUAGUACUCAACGUCACCUGGCUGGUGAACAGUGCUGCCCACCUCUAUGGAUACCGCCCUUAUGACAAGAACAUUGAUUCUCGGGAGAAUAUACUGGUUUCUCUGGGAGCUGGGGGUGAGGGUUUCCACAACUACCACCACUCCUUCCCCUAUGACUACUCUGCCAGUGAGUACCGCUGGCACAUCAACUUUACCACGUUCUUCAUCGACUGCAUGGCUGUCCUCGGCCUGGCUUAUGACCGGAAGAAAGUAUCCAAGGCCGCUGUCUUGGCCAGGAUUAAAAGAACUGGAGAUGGAAGCCACAAGAGUGCCUAAGUUUGGGGUUGUCCAGGUUCCCUUUCUAAAGCCAUCUGGGCAGAGGUUUAAUGUUCUGUUGAUUAACUACUGAGUAAUGCUACCAGGUUGCUAAAAGUGAUGACCUUAACCCAUUCCAGUAAAGUAUUCUUUUAAAAUGCAAAA